ACCUAGUCAAGCAUCAUCAUGUUCGCUUUAGUCCUCCUCAGCGUUGUGGCUGCGGCCUCCGCCAACGUCUACGUUAACUCCGGUUGUCCCGACGUAAAGCCCGUAGACAACUUCAACCUUAAAGCUUACGCAACAGGCAAAUGGUAUGAAGUAGCCCGGUACCCCAACAAGAUUGAAACAGACAGCCACUGCGGCUGGUCCGACUACGUCCUGAGCGGCGAUGUUUUCUCCGUCAAGAACUACGACGUUACCAACAGCAAGCUUCGUACUAUCGAAGGCUCAGCUCAACUGGCUGAUGAUGCAGGCAAGACCGGCAAAAUGGUCUUCAGCUACCCAUAUGGAGUUGCCGGUGCCACCACCAAGAGCACAUUGUGGGUCCUCGGUACCGACUACGAUAACUACGCCGUUGUCUACUUCUGCAAAUACGACGAGGAGAAGAAGAGCCGUCAAGACUUCACCUGGGUGCAAUCCCGCACAAAGACAUUCGAUGGUGCUGCCAAGGCCGCCGCUGAAAAGAUCGUCAAGGACAGCGCCUUCCUCGACAGCAGCAAACUGGUCUUCCCCGACUUCUCCGAGGCCGCCUGUGCUUUCGAUGCGCCAAAAUAG